AUUACAUAAAGUUUGUAGUUUACGCAAGUCAGCCGGGUAGACACAACUGCACAACCAUCUCAGUCGAACGCGAAACGCACGCGCUUUAUAAUUUGUACGGCAACUUACGGAAGAAAAAAAAAUUUUUUUUGUUCUAAAUUCACAGACAUUUUUUUUUAUUUUUUGUUAACAAAUAUCUCCAAUGCGAGUUUUCCGAGACCAAAGUUAUCCUAUUUCAUAUAUUGACAAGUGAUAAAAGAUAUAUCAUCGAUAAGGAAUCCGCUCAUUCCUAUUACAAAUGUUUACGAAUUGUGAAAUGUUUAGUUCAGCCGUAAACUGAGUCAUUAUGAUUUUAUAGAAGUGUCUAGUGUAGUGGACUAUCAAAGCUGUGACAAUGGUGAAAUGUUCCAGGAAGAGUGUGAAGGUUUCUGAUUUGUGGGUGCUUUCGAAUGAGAAGCUGAGUGAUUUUUAUUUAUCGUCAUGGCAAAGAGGAGAGUCGCCAGUGCCAAUGCUGGUGAUAAGGCUGCUCCUGGCAGCGGGUGCCACGGCCAUCCUCACGUGGUCUCUCUACUGCGGUGCUAGUCCUUACUGGCUGAUAUUCCUGACCAACUGGGGGGUACUGAUGGUCUUCAUUAUGACCUUCAGUGGGUUGAAUGUAUCCUUGUUUGCUAUAUGUAAGAAGCUUCCGGAUGUUGCCGAUGGAGAUCUACCGUGGUAUAUCAGUUUAUAUUGGCUCAUGUAUAACAUUGCAGUUACAAUAUCUUUCAUGAUAACAGGCCUUUAUUGGGUCCUUUUAUACGAUCCAGAACAGGAUGAUGAAAGUGGCCAUGGCUUUUGGUUGGAUCUGACUACACACGGCUUUAACUCGUGCAUAGUGUUCUGCGAGUUCAUAUUGUCACGAACACCCCUACGCUUUGUGCACAUUUACCAGCCCAUGGCUAUAGGCCUGUGGUUCGCCAUUUUCUCCGGUAUCUAUUAUGCUGCAGGUGGCACGGACAGCUUGGGAAACCCCUUCAUUUAUGAAAUAUUGGAUUGGCGAGAACCAACUCGAUCGCUGACCCUGAUCGCCGCUUCAGUGGCAGCUCUGAUCAUCUUGUUCACUUUGCUCUGGGGCCUAACCCUCUGCAGGGACAAGAUCUCUGUAGCUGUCAUCAGAACAACCAGCUUGGAUCUCCCGUUUACUCCACCUGAUCGUCUCUCGGAGACUGUAUAAGUACCUAUACUAGACGUUCUAGAUCAAUAAUAAUGCAUUUACAAUAACAAUCAGUAUGGUUUGCAAAUAAAGAAGGUUCGUCGGAUUGUAACGAGUUUUUAUAGCGUGUAAACCAGUUGAACCAGAACGCAAUCAUCGCAAGUUAUCUUUAGAACUUCAAUGAUUGUAUUUACGCAUGUGUACAAAUAUGGCUCAACUGUGUUAUUGAUAGCUGAAUAUAUGAUGAUAUAGAAUACUGUUUAUCACAGAUUAUACAGAUUUUAUUAUCUAGUACCUGUGGAUAGUUUACACGUCAUUGUACCAAAAAUAGAAAAAAUUGAGAUACGAUAUGAUUGCAUAGUAAGAAUAAGGUUGCCGUACUCUAUGGGUUGCCGUACCUAUGUGUAGGCAUAUAAGCUGUGAAUUACAAAAUAUUAGGGUCCAUUUUUUCAGUAAUUAGGUAUUAAUUAUAAAAAAACUUAAGUUGAUAAACGAGUUUCCCAUAAAAUUACUUUAAUGUGAAGGGGAUCAGAAUAGGUAUAAGUACCUAUAUUAUAUUUUUAUAGCAAUAUAAAAAUUUGUAAAUACAUAUAAAUAAUCCUACUCAAUAUACUUACUUAAAAUUUUUGAUAAAGGCGAGGCUCAAAAAAAUAUGCUCAAAUGUUUUAUAAUUUUUGACCUUCAUUCAAUUUCGUCUAAGAGAGAAAUUGCAUUUAUAAUGUAAGGCUUUAUUAUUUUUUAAUUUUAACAUUAUGUAUAAAUACUCUUAUACAUAAUAGUUGCAUUGAAUCAGCGACAGUAGAUAAAUACAUAAGUAACUUAAAUCAUUAAGUUAACUUAGAUCAUUGUAUUAAGUAGGUACGUCUACAUUAUCGGUUCAAACUAGCAUUUUAAUUUAUUGCAUUUUACCUUUAAAUUUACAUUAAGUUUUAUGUUUCCAUAAAGACAGGGCAUCGAUAAUAAAUUGUAUGAAAGCCACGAUCGCAAAAUGAAAAAUAUGUAAGUACAGUCUUUUGAUGACAUCAUAAGCGCAUGUAAAACGUGUAAAACUGAUUUCUGGCGGUCGCGGUGGCGACGCUAUAUGUUGGUAUAUCCCUUGUUAUGUCCAUAUUACUUUUACAAAUCGAUGUUAAUAUCGAUGUUUCACAUCUGCCAGGCGUCCCGUGACGGCUCACAUUUUUUUUAUAAAUAAGUACCUGCUUUUUUUUUUGUAUGUUUCGAUGCAAGCGCAAUUAUAUUUUACGCAUCGAACAAUGGGUAAAGGUUUAACUGAAAGUCAAUUUGGAAUAAUUUUGGAAAGUUAUUUCCUGAUAUUUUUUAAUUUUAUACAUGUAUGUAUAAAUUGUAUAAACAAGCCUUGAGAGCUCAAAAUGCAAUUUGAAAAUGUAAUAAAAGUUAGGUAUAUUUAAUAAAUAAAAUUUAAAUUUAAAACUUAUCCGUCAAAUACAUUUACAUAAUUUAUAAUGUUUGUAAGUAUAAAAAUUGUUUAGUCUUUUGAUUGGUUUAGUUAAACCCAGAAUACAUAGUUCUUUUUAUGCUGAGUUUCAAAAAUAAUAUGAGGAAAAUAUAAAGGCCUUGGAAAAUGUUGUUUGUUAUUGAUACUGAUUGCAAAAUAAAACGAAAAUUAUAUUUUUUACUGUUUUCAGCUCUCAAGCAAUCUUAGACUGUAUCUAAUUAUUAUAGGAAAAUGUAAAUAACGUCGAUGUAUUAAAGAUAUUUCGUAUAUUU